CCUGGAUUCAGAAAAUCCCCCCAGGAGGGCAAGGCGAUCUGUUGCCAUGACUGUAUUCCUUGUCCAGACAAUGAGAUUUCCAAUGAGACAGGUUCAAGUUGAAGAACUACCAGUGUUCUUUGGCCUUCAUCUUUGCCAUUGAGGAGAUCAACAGGAACCCUCAUCUUUUACCCAACACAUCUCUAGGAUUGUGGAAUCUCUAUUAUGUUGAUCAAUAUGAAUGGGAUUUUCUCAGGGAAGCUUUUCUUUGGCUCACAGAAAUGGGAAUCAAAAUUCCUAAUUACACAUGCAGAAGGGAGAACAGAGCUGCUGCUCUACUUACAGGAACAUCACAAGAAACAACUAGCCAUAUUGGGAGACUGCUAAAUCUCUACAAAUAUCCACAGGUCAUUGUCUAUUCAAUGCUUCUUUGGAAUUAUUUCCUUCAAAUCUGUGGAAAAUGGAAAUGACUGAAGAGGCUUACAACAUAUAUAAUUCUGUGUAUGAUGUGGCUCACAGUCUCCAUGAGAUGACUGUCAAACAAGUACAAAUUCAGUCUUAUAGGAAUGAAGAGUGGAAUGCCCACCCCUGGAAGCUUCUCCCUUUUCUCAAGCAAAUCAAUUUCAUAAAUAGUGUUGGACACCACGUGGUUUUGGAUUCACAAAUGAAAUUAGAGGAAAAGUAUGAUAUUCUCAAUGUCUGGAAUUUUCCAACUGGUCUCAGACAAAAUAUGAAAGUUGGAACAUUUUCUCCAAAAGCUCCGCAGAGUCAACAACUGUUUCUGUCUGAUCAUAUGAUACAGUGGGCCACAGGAUUUACAGAGGUGCAAGAGGUUAUUGUGUCUGUGGGAGCUGCCUUUGGUCCAAUCUGUCCUUGCUGUGCUUGUGUCUCAGAGGGCCACUCUUGGUCCAACCAGACCUCUUGGUCUAAUUGGAGCUCUCGGUCCAGUCAGAGCUGGUGGAUUCUGUGUCUCAGGGAGCCAUUGUGGUCACAGGGGAAUGGCUUCCUCGCUCUGCGUGCAGUGAGAGCUGUGGUCCUGGAUUCAGAAAAUCCCCCCAGGAAGGCAAGGCUGCCUGCUGCUAUGAUUGUACUCCUUGUCCAGAUAAUGAGAUUUCCAAUGAGACAGACUCUUGUUCCUUUGUCCUCCUUGGAUGAUUUUUUGUGCAAGUUAAAAGCACUAAGUCCUUUGCAUAGUGAUGGAAACAUGGUGAUUGCUGCCCUUGUUCCUCUUUUCCAUUAUUAUCUCAGGAAAACAGAUGAUCUUAGAGGUGAAGAUAUGCGUGAUCUCUGGUUCAAGUGGAGGAGCUACCAGUUUUCUUUGGCCUUCAUAUUUGCCGUUGAGGAGAUCAAUAAGAAUACUCACAUUUUACCCAACACAUCUCUAGGAUUUGAUCUCUAUCAUGUCCCAAGCAAUCAAUGGCAUAUUCUCCAGGAAGCUUUUACUUGCCUCACAGGAGCUAGAAUAAUCAUUCCGAAUUACACAUGUAGAGGACAGAAGAAGGCUGCUGCUUUACUUACAGGAACAUCAUGGGCAACCUCUGCACAUAUUGGGAGACUGCUCAAUCUCUACAAAUAUCCACAGAUUAAUUUUGGGCCAUUUGACACUAUGCUAAGUGACAGAGCCCAAUUCACUUCUCUCUACCAGACUGCACCCAAGGACACAUCUCUGUCACAAGGCAUUGUCAUUUUGAUGGUUCAUUUCAACUGGACCUGGGUGGGACUGGUUCUCAUAGAUGACCACAAUGGGGCUGAGAUUCUCUCAGACCUGAGAGGAGAGAUGGACAGGAACAGAGUGUGCAUAGCUUUUGUAGAAAUGAUUCAGGACAACUUGAUUUCCUCUGACGACUUUUCCAGAACAACUUACCUGAAGAUUCUGAAAUCAUCUGCAAAUGUGGUUUUCAUUUAUGGUGACACCGAAUCUUCACAUGGUAUAAUCAUAAAUACAGGGAUACGUUUAAUGAAUGGGAAAGUUUGGAUCAUGAGGUCACAAUGGGAUUCAACUACUGAUUUUGAGUAUUUCAUAUUUGAUUCAUUCCAUGGGAGUCUCAUUUUUGCACACCACCGUGUUGAGAUUUCUGAUUUUAGGAAGUUUGUCCAGACAUACAACCCUUCCAAAUACCCAGAAGAUGGUUAUCUUGCUGUUUUGUGGAACACAUACUUCAAUUGUCCUUUUUCUGGACCUGAUUGUAAAAUUUUGAGUAGCUGUCUACCCAAUGUUUCCUUGGAAAUGUUGCCUAAAAAUGUUUGGGAAAUGGAUAUGACUGAAGAGAGUUACACUGUAUAUAAUUCUGUGUAUGCUGUGGCUCACAGUCUCCAUGAGAUGACACUCAAACAAGUACAAAUUCAGCCCCAUGGAAAUGGGGAGAUACAUAACUUCCCUUGGGAGCUUCACCCUUUUCUCAAGAAUGUCCAUUUAAAAAAUGGUGCUGGAAAGCUUGUGGUUUUGGAUUCACAAAGGAAAUUAGAUGCAGAAUAUGAUAUUCUCAACUUCUGGAAUUUUCCAGAUGGUCUCAGACAAAAGAUGAAAGUUGGAACAUUUUCUCCAAAAGCUCCACAGGGCCAAGAACUGUUUCUGUGUGACCAUAUGAUACAGUGGGCUAUAGGAUUUACAGAGCUUCCCCGCUCUGUGUGCAGUGAGAGCUGUGUUCCUGGAUUCAGAAAAUCCUCUCAGGAGGGGAAAGCUGCCUGCUGCUAUGAUUGUACUCGUUGUCCAGACAAUGAGAUUGCCAAUGAGACAGAUAUGGAUCAUUGUGUGAGGUGUCCAGAAAGUCAUUAUGCAAACACAGAGCAGAACCACUGUCUCCAGAAAGCAGUGACCUUUCUGUCCUAUGAAGACCCUUUGGGGAUGGCACUCAUCUGCUUGGCUUUGGGCUUCUCUUCACUAACAGCUGUUGUUUUGGUGGUCUUUGUGAAGCACCACCACACCCCCAUCGUCAAGGCCAAUAACCAGGCUCUCACUUACAUCUUGCUCAUCACUCUGACCUUCUGUUUUCUCUGUCCAUUGCUAUUCAUUGGUCAUCCCAACACAGCCACCUGUAUCCUGCAGCAGAGCACAUUUGCAGUUCUAUUCACUGUGGCUCUCUCCACAGUCUUGGCCAAAACUAUUACUGUGGUUCUGGCUUUCAAGGUCACAGUUCCAGACAGACUGACAAGGUGGUUAAUGAUAUCAAGGGCCCCUAACCUCAUCAUUCCCAUCUGCACCCUCAUCCAAAUUGUGCUCUGUGGAAUUUGGCUGAGCACCUCUCCUCCAUUUAUUGACUCAGAUGCUUACACUGAACAUGGCUACAUAAUUAUUAUAUGCAACAAGGGCUCCACUAUUGCCUUCCAUUCUGUCCUGGCAUACCUCUGCUCCAUGGCACUUGGAAGCUACACUUUGGCUUACCUGUCCAGGAACCUGCCUGACACAUUCAAUGAAGCCAAGUUCAUCACUUUCAGCAUGUUGGUGUUCUUCAGUGUGUGGGUCACCUUCCUGCCUGUCUACCACAGCACCAAGGGGAAACACAUGGUGGCCAUGGAAGUCUUCUCUAUCCUGGCUUCCAGUGCAGGCCUCCUAGGCUGCAUCUUUUUCCCCAAGUGCUAUAUUAUUUUGUUAAGAUCACAUAGGAAUGUGCUUUCUCAUGUCAGGAACAAAGCAUAUUCUAGAGAAAAAGUCAAUCUUACAGCUUAG